AUGCCUGUCGUAAAGGGAGGUGUGUGGACGAAUAUCGAGGAUGAGAUCCUCAAGGCCAGUGUAUCGAAGUAUGGCCUGAAUCAGUGGGCACGUGUAUCCUCACUCCUCGCACGGAAAACACCGAAACAAUGCAAAGCAAGAUGGCAUGAAUGGCUGGAUCCAAAUAUACGGAAGGUAGAAUUCAGCAAGGAAGAGGACGAGAAACUGCUACACCUCGCAAAGUUGAUGCCAACACAAUGGCGGACGAUUGCACCAAUCGUUGGCCGGACUGCCACACAAUGUCUCGAACGAUACCAGAAGCUCUUGGAUGAAGCGGAGGCGCGCGAAAACGAUGAACUAGCUUUGGGGGGUCCAGAAGGUGGAGAGACUGCCGCGCCGUCAGCGGACGAUGUGCGCAAGCUGAGGCCCGGCGAGUUGGAUCCCGACCCCGAAUCGAAACCUGCACGCCCUGAUACAAUCGACCUCGACGAAGAUGAGAAAGAGAUGCUUAGUGAAGCUCGAGCGCGUCUGGCCAAUACACAAGGGAAAAAAGCUAAGCGGAAAGCCCGUGAACGACAGCUGGAGGAGUCAAGACGCUUGGCUUUGCUGCAGAAACGUCGUGAGCUCAAGAAUGCUGGCAUAAACAUCAAGAUAACAUACCGCAAGAAGGGGCAGAUGGACUACAAUGCGGACAUACCCUUUGAGAAGGCACCUGCAGAGGGUUUCUUCGAUACUCGAGACGAAGCUGAGGUCAAUGAGAAGGAACGUGAAGCUUUCGAUCCUCGAAAGCAGCAGCUAGCAAACAAACGCAAGGGUGACCCAGAAGAUGAUGGCGAUAAUCGCAAACGCCAGAAGAACGAUAAGACUACCGGGUCUGCAGCAGCAUAUGCUGCGGCUGCCAAGGCUGGACAGGCUCAGCGAAUUAGAGAAGCAGAACAGAGCAGUAAAAGAAGGACACUCGUCCUGCCGACACCUCAAGUUGGUGAAAGCGAGUUGGAAGAUAUCGUCAAGAUGGGUAUGGCUGGAGAGCGUGCAAGCAGGAUCGCCAGCGCUGGUGAGAAUGACGCCACAAGAGGACUGAUAGGCAGCUACUCAGGCAUUGUUGGUGGAACGCCGAUUCGAACGCCUCGAGCACCACAAGAGGAGGACCGCAUAGCCAACGAGAUUAAAAAUGCCCGAGCCCGGACAGAGACGCAGUCUGCCCUACUUGGAGGAGAGAACACACCAAUGCACGAAGGCUCUGGGUCAACAGGUUUUGCAGGUGCGACUCCGGCAAGACAAGCCCUCGUCACCCCAAAUCCUAUGGCCACACCAUACCGGCAAGGUGGUAGUGUAGGCGCUACGCCAGGUGGGCCAUCGGCGACACCAAUGCGAACACCAAGAGAUAAUUUCCGGCUGAAUGCAGAGGGUAGCAUGGAGCUGGUGGGCCAGACACCCAAAGAGAUUCGGCAAAGGGAGAAUGCACUCCGACAAGGAUUGAAGGGGCAGCUCGCUGCUCUGCCGAAACCAAAAGAAACCGAAUGGGACUUUGAACUACCAGAAGAGCGACAAGAACAGAUGGAAGUAGAGCUUUCUGAAGAAGACGCGGCGGAGCGCGAUCGAAGGAAUGCAGCGUUACGGAAAGCUGCAGAGCUUGCAGAGUUCAAGCGCCAAACACAGGUCGUCCAGAGGGCUCUUCCUCGACCUUCGAUCUUCGAUCUUGAUGCAAUGCUCAAGCAUGUCGCUGAAAUUGAAAGCCCCAUCGAAAAGGCAGUGGAAAAGGAAAUGGCAUUACUGAUCGCACAUGAUGUGAACAGCUCCAGCUCAGGCCAAAUCGUGGGCAAGGCAAGGCCCCUGCAAAAGUUCGAUGACAGCGUGAUGGAUAAGGCGCGACAGGAAAUAGCACUAGAGAUUACCUCUGCAGGAGUCACACAGAAUACACAAGCUUUCGAACAGGCUUGGACGGAGCUUCAUGGCAGAUCUGUUCUACCGGGACUUGCAGAAUAUGGCGAAGACGAGGUGGACGAACACCAGCUCAUGCUAGAGACAUUCGAUAAUCUGCAAGAGGAAAUUGUGACGUCCGCGGAGAGUGGGAAUAAGAUUGAGAAGAAGCUAGCUUUACACAUGGGCGGGUAUCAGCAACGAGCAAAGGUACUACGACAGAAGAUUGUUGACGCAGCAGAUGCGCUGGAGAAGACGCGCACAGAGCUCGAUACGCUGCGGACGAAGCAGAUGUAUGAGACGUCGGCUAUACCUCGAAGAUUGGAUGCACUUCGAGAGGAGGUUACACAUAUCAAUCGGAGAGAACGUGAAGCGCAAGAAGCGUACAGGAGGCAUAAGGACGAGCUCCUGAGCCUGCAGGAUCCAGUCAAUGGAGUUCAUUGA